AAGGAUCAUCGUGGGGGUGGAUCGGCCUCUUUCGACGUGGGAAUUUGAUAAGGUGACUACUGACUGGUGCCGCUUCAAAAGAAAGAUGACAGAAGAACAACAACCGGGUCCAAGUCGUUCGCACUGCACAAACUGUAAGGAAAAGGAUGGCAUAUGUAAAUGCAUGAUAUGUUUUGAAGAAGUAAAAGAUGCAGUAAGCACUCCGUGCGGCCAUCUGGCCUGCUGGCCAUGUCUACAUCGAUGGUUAGAGAUCAAGCAGGUUUGUCCACAAUGCCAGAAUGACAUAAACCGAGCUGAAGUCAUUCGAUUCUUUGGAUGUGGUGCUACAGAGCAUCCAAGACGGAAUAGCGUACCACCAUGGUCAACUCGCCAAAGGUCAGAAGCCAAUCGCUUCGAUGU